CGCGGGGCCCUCCGGCAGCCCCCGCGUGUCCGCGGGCUCUGCCCGCCCGGGCAGCAGUGGGGGGAAGAACAAAAUGGCAUCAGGGACAGCAGUGAACGCCACUCCUUCAGGAGGAUCAAACGAUGUGAGCCUGGAGGAACCAAAGAAGAUGACAAGGGAAGACUGGAGGAAAAAGAAGGAAUUAGAAGAACAAAGAAAACUAGGAAAUGCACCUGCUGAGGUGGAUGAAGAAGGAAAAGAUAUCAAUCCGCAUAUUCCUCAGUACAUAUCCUCAGUACCAUGGUACAUAGAUCCUUCUAAAAGACCUACACUAAAGCAUCAGAGACCUCAGCCAGAGAAGCAGAAACAGUAUAGCUCCUCUGGAGAUUGGUACAAACGAGGAGUUCAAGAGCAUGCUAUAGCAACUAGAUACCGUAAAGGAGCUUGCGAGAACUGUGGUGCAUUGACACACAAAAAGAAAGACUGCAUGGAGAGACCCAGGAAAGUUGGAGCAAAAUACACAGGCAUGAAUAUUGCACCAGAUGAACAUGUGCAGCCUCAACUGAUGUUUGAUUAUGACGGAAAGCGAGAUCGUUGGAAUGGUUAUAACCCAGAAGAGCACAUGAAGAUUGUAGAGGAAUAUUCCAAGGUUGAUUUGGCCAAACGUACACUGAAAGCCCAGAAGCUUCAGGAAGAGUUAGCAUCAGGAAAGCUGGAGCAAGUGAACUCCCCAAGACACCAGUGGGGAGAAGAGGAGCCAAAUUCACAGACAGAAAGAGAUCAUAACAGUGAAGAUGAAGAUGAAGAUAAAUAUGCAGAUGACAUUGAUAUGCCUGGGCAGAACUUUGACUCUAAAAGACGUAUCACAGUUCGAAAUUUACGUAUUCGGGAAGAUAUUGCAAAAUACUUGAGGAAUCUAGAUCCAAACUCUGCUUAUUAUGAUCCCAAAACAAGAGCAAUGAGGGAGAACCCAUAUGCCAAUACAGGCAAGAAUCCAGAUGAAGUUGGUUACGCAGGUGACAACUUUGUUCGCUACACUGGAGAUACCAUUUCAAUGGCACAGACUCAGUUGUUUGCUUGGGAGGCUUAUGACAAAGGCUCUGAAGUUCAUCUUCAAGCAGACCCUACAAAAUUAGAGCUACUUUAUAAAUCCUUCAAAGUGAAAAAAGAAGAUUUCAAGGCACAGCAGAAAGAAAGCAUCCUAGAGAAGUAUGGAGGACAAGAACAUCUAGAUGCCCCACCAGCUGAACUGCUGUUAGCUCAAACAGAAGAUUACGUGGAAUACUCUAGGCACGGAACAGUCAUCAAAGGACAAGAGAAAGCUAUUGCUUGCUCUAAAUAUGAAGAGGAUGUAAAGAUCAACAACCAUACAUGCAUUUGGGGUUCAUAUUGGAAAGAAGGCAAGUGGGGUUACAAAUGCUGCCACUCCUUUGUCAAGUACUCAUACUGUACAGGAGAAGCUGGGAAGGAAAUUGCUAAUACUGAAGCAAGCUUACUGGAAGAGCAACCCAGGGAGGACGAACACAUGACAAAACCCAAAACACUGAUGGAGAUCCACCAAGAGAAACAGAAAGAAAAGAAAAAGAAGAAGCACAAGAAGAGCUCAAAUUCAGAUAGCGAGGGUGAAGAGAAAAAGAAGCAAGAAAAACUUAAAAAGGCACUGAAUGCAGAAGAGGCUCGUCUUCUCCACGUUAAAGAAAUCAUGCAGUUAGAUGAGAGGAAGAGACCAUACAACAGCGUAUAUGAAACCAGGGAACCGACAGAAGAGGAAAUGGAAGCCUAUAGAAUGAAACGUCAGAGACCUGAUGAUCCCAUGGCCUCUUUUCUUGGACAGUAGUCACGGUGAAAAUCAUUCCAAUACACAAGACUUUUUCAUACUUGUUUACAACUCUCUAGACACUUGCUUACCUUUCACGUGUCUAAUAAGUGCCAGAAAUGGCAGAGACCCUUUUUUGCACCAAAGAAGUUGGCGAAAACUUCUUUCAACAGACAUAAGCAGUCCAAUACUUAUAGCAAUUUUAUGUAUGUGUGUGUAUAUACAUACACAGUCACAAAUAUAUACACACACAUAUAUGUAAAAUUAUAUGUAUCUGUAAAAUACAUACACCUACUCUGUAAAUUCUUUAUUGGAAGAGAAAAGAUCUUGUACAGGCUGGAAUUCUAGGUUCGUUUGGCCAACUAAUAUAUGCAUAAAGUCACGAUACAUUCAGUAAAACUGACUACUCAAAAGAAAUGGUCAGCAGGUGUCACUUAAUAUAGAAAAAAUUGUUGAAAAAAAAUUGAUACAGCUACUGAAGCCUCUUAUUUGUAAAAGGAGUUGCCUGUCACAUGGCUUUAAAAGGAGAAAUAGUUUCUUUCUUGAUCACUUUGUGGGAAGUAUUUUGGAAAUGUAAAAAUUGAUUGCUUUGUACCAUUUUGGUUAAAUUAAUAUAAAGGUCUUAAAUGCUGUCCAGCCUUUUUAAUGAAGAGGUUAGGAGAAGCUGACUGUAGAGCUUUUAAAUUCUAAUUCUGUUUCUGCAGAUGUUAACAUACAAAUUUCAGUUGCAAAGAUCUGAGUUCUUUUGGUUUUCUGUUUGAUAACAGUAUUCAUCUUACCCUUAUAACGUGCAGAAUCGUGUUACAGGAUGUAAUACCAAGUGUCAGGCUCUAAUACCUUGCGGUAAUGUGAAGCAGCAUCUGCUUUGUGUUUGGCAAUAUCAGUCCUUACACUGGGAGUUUUCCCCUUUAGCUAUUAGAAGUUGAAAUGGGUGAAAAACUUCACAGCAUGACUUUAGAGUUGGAAGGCUUAGGAAUUAUCUCUGUUAUGGCUUAAACUGUCUUACUAAACAAGGCCUAUAUAACCGCAUUUAAUGUGGCUAUAUUAAUGGUAGGACAAGGAAGACUCCGUAAUCCUGGCUUUUCUUCUUAAUUUUAAGAACCUGACUACAAUUUCCGCUUUGUAAACAAUGAAGGAAGUUAAAAUUACUGGAAGAAAAGGAAACAGUAUGUUAGACCUGUAACAUGUUGUACCUGUAAUUUCCACCUGUAAAGUUGAGUUCCUUUUUUUUAUUAGGUUUUCUCCAAGUCUGCUUCCCCUUUAUUUUUGUUACAGAAAUACUAAUUCUGAAUGCAGACUUUAUUAAAGACUUAUAAAUCUGA